AUGGAGCUUACUUUUCCGGCGGAUUCUCCUCCACUUCACGCUAUCGCCGCCUCUAAAAUAGCUGGGAUUUCUCUUACCGCCACACCUUCACCGGAAUCCGGCUCCUCGCCGACUCUUGUUCUGGCGACCGGGCAAAGGUUGUGUGGAGCAAAUGUUAUCCUAAGAUAUAUUGGUCGGAUUUCGACUCUACCCAAUUUCUAUGGUCAGGAUGCUUAUGAAUCAAGCAAGAUAGAUGAAUGGAUCGAUUAUGCUCCUGUCUUCGGCUCUGGAUCUGAAUUUGAGGGUGCAUGCGGGUUUGUGGAUGAGUAUUUACUUCAAAAUACUUUUUUGGUCGGUAAUAGCCUGUCCAUUGCAGAUGUUUCCAUCUGGGCUGCUCUUGCAGGAGUCGGUCUGAGAUGGGAAAGCUUACGGAAGUCCAAGAAGUACCAAAACCUUGUCAGGUGGUACAACUCGAUAUCCUUUGAGUAUGAUGCAGUGCUUACUGAUUUUAUUGCAACAUAUCUUGGAAAGAGAGGCAUGGCCAGGGCCCCAGCUCUCAAGUCUAGAGACACUCAAGCCUCUACUUCCCAGCCAGCCACAGUUCAGAAUGGAGCUCACACAGCUGAAACACCCGCCAAUCGGGCCUUUGAGGUGGACCUUCCUCAUGCUGAGGUUGGGAAAGUUAAAUUACGUUUUGCACCCGAACCCAGCGGCUACCUUCACAUUGGCCACUCGAAAGCUGCUUUAUUAAACCAAUACUUUGCUGACCGGUACAAGGGCCAGGUCAUUGUGAGGUUUGACGACACUAACCCCGACAAGGAAAGCAGCGAGUUUGUGGAUAAUCUCCUCAAAGAUAUCAAGACUUUAGGGAUUAAAUAUAGUGCGGUGACAUAUACAUCUGACUACUUCCCGGAGCUUAUGACUAUGGCCGAGAAGUUAAUGCGAGAGGGUAAGGCCUACAUUGAUGAUACUCCACGCGAGAAAAUGCAGCAUGAGAGGAUGGAGGGCAUAGAGUCUAAGUGCAGGAAUCACAGUGUGGAGGAGAAUUUGAAGUUGUGGAGGGAAAUGAUUUCUGGCUCAGAGAGGGGUUUGAUGUGCUGCCUCCGGGGGAAACUUGAUAUGAAGGACCCGAAUAAGUCGCUUAGGGACCCGGUGUAUUACCGUUGUAACUUGACUCCUCACCACAGGAUUGGUUCUAAGUAUAAGGUGUACCCAACAUAUGACUUUUGCUGCCCAUUUGUGGAUGCCGUGGAGGGCAUCACGCACGCGCUUAGGUCAAGCGAGUACCAUGACCGUAAUGAUCAGUAUUAUAGAAUUCAGACGGAUAUGGGGUUCAGAAAGGUUCAUAUAUACGAAUUUAGUCGACUGAAUAUGGUUAACACUGUUCUCAGCAAGCGCAAGUUGCUGUGGUUUGUGCAGAACGGAAAGGUCGAGGGUUGGGAUGAUCCUCGAUUUCCUACUGUUCAAGGAAUAGUGCGUAGAGGUCUGAAGAUUGAGGCGUUGAUUCAAUUCAUUUUGGAGCAAGGUGCAUCAAAGAACCUUAAUCUUAUGGAGUGGGAUAAGCUGUGGGCCAUUAACAAGAAGAUAAUUGAUCCUGUGUGUCCCAGGCAUACAGCAGUUAUUGAAGAAAGACGUGUAUUGUUUGUCCUAACUGAUGGGCCAAAAGACCCAUUUGUCCGCAUUUUAGCUAAACAUAAGAAAUAUGAAGGUGCUGGUGAAAAAGCUGUGACUUACUCAAACAGAUUAUGGAUAGACUAUGCUGAUGCUGUAUCGAUCUCAGUGGAUGAGGAAGUCACUCUGAAGGACUGGGGCAAUGCAAUUGUGAAGGGUAUCAAGAAGGACGAAAGAGGAAUUGUCACCCAGUUGGUGGGUGUUUUGAAUCUUGAAGGAAAUGUUAAGAAGACAAAGUUGAAGCUGACUUGGCUGCCGGAUUCAAGUGAGCUUGUCAGGCUGACCCUCAUGGAUUUUGACUAUCUUAUUACCAAAAAGAAGCUUGAGGAGGAUGAAGAUUUUGUUGAUGUGGUCAACCCAUGUACGAAAACUGAGACGUUGGCGCUUGGAGAAUCGGACAUGAGGAACUUGAAGUGUGGGGACGUGAUACAGCUGGAGAGAAAAGGGUACUACAGAUGUGAUGUACCUUUUGUUCGGUCUUCAAAGCCCAUAGUUCUGUUUGCAAUACCGGACGGCAAGCAGCAAACUGUAGCAAAGUAA